ACUCCUAAGGAACUCGUUGAGUUCUUUUCAACUGCUCUGUUGAACGGGACACUCUGUAUACAUAGAUUUGCAAAGUGAAAUGCGUGAGUGCGUGGGGCGAGGGGAUCUGUGAUAAUCGAUACACGUUAUCGAUCAGCAAAACAUGUUUUCCUCGCUGUACAGAGAAAAUUCCGCAGAUUGUCUUGUGGCUCGUACGAGAAAAAGGGAGAGACUCGACGGUGGAUCGUCGGAGGUCCUCGUCACAUACCUAACUUUGACACAGGCCUUUGGUAUCGAUCCUAUCCCCGGCUUUCGAAAACGGCGACGACGACGACGCAAGCUCUACUCUAACAGAGAAUCCCGUCGCGGUGGAGGUGCCUCCCCGCAUGCUUCCACCCGUCCCGUCGUCACCCUUGGAUUUCAAAACCACCCCGACGUCCCGCGUCAUUCAUUUCGUUCCCUCUUGCUACCGCAUCCUCACGAAAAGGAGGACGAGAAGCAGGAACGAUGAGCGAUCUCGAGGAUCUCGAUUAUUACAUCAUGUUCCCGUCGUUUCCACCGUCGCCGAAGGACCCAACGUUGACCACCGGCGGCGAGCACGAUCAACGGGAGGAGUUCGUUUUCGUUUACAAGGAGGUCAAACGACCACUAGUCGUGCUUCUAGGAUGGGCCGGCUGUCAGGACAAGUAUUUGGUCAAGUACAGCGCAAUCUACGAGGAGAAGAGUUGCAUUACCCUAAGAUACACGGCGCCGGUGGAAUGUCUAUUCUGGCGAAGGGAUUUGAUGCCUUAUAUCGGAAAACGACUGGUCCAGGUGAUCACGGACAAGAGCCUCGAUCAGCACCCGAUAUUCUUCCACGUUUUCAGUAAUGGAGGCGCGUUCCUCUACCAACACAUAAGCCUAGCCAUGCAGCAGGCUAACACGCCGCUCAAGGUGAAGGGAGUGAUAUUCGACAGUGCGCCGGGCGAGAGGAGGAUGACCGCACUUUUCAAAGCGAUCAGCGCAAUCAUCGGGGGACAUCCGGUGACCAAUAUACCGAUGUCGUUCUUCAUAACGAUUUUCCUAUCCAUACUAUGGUUUCUCGAGGUGGUGGCUAGUGCCCUCGGAUGUGGAUAUCCGGUUCAGACGAACCCAAUCUCUCUUGCGGAGGAGACCUACUCUUGGCCCCAGUUAUUUCUUUACUCGAACGCUGAUACUUUGAUUCCGGCAUCAGAUGUUGAGAAGUUUGCCAAUCGACGAGCAGAACGUGGAGUACGGGUGCAACUGGUGUUGUUCACCAAUUCACCGCAUGUCAAGCAUUAUGCUACUUACCGCGAUGCUUACGUGAACACGGUUUGCAGUUUCCUUCAUGAAUGCUUAACAGCACCGGAUCCGAACAGCCUCGACGAUAAUAAUCACAGCGAGGACGAUUCUCCAAAGAGUUAUACCACUGUAUCGAGUCUUACCAAAAGGGUCGUGCUACCUCACGAGGCUACCAAAUUAAAAUAAAUCGAAUAAUAAAUCGAAGAUAUCGAUUUAUCGAAUCAUCGAUUUAUUUAUACGAGAUCGGGCGGGGAACUUGCGCAAAUUUAAAUAUUUAACAAACGUGGAGGUUUGAUGAAGUAAAGUUUGAGAAAUCAUUUUUCAUGUCGUCGAAGAAUAGAAACUCAACGCCGGUACAGAUAAAUAGAACAGCGAAUUUUUAUGCAUUUAUAAAAAAAAACUUUGAUGCAAACAAAAUAUAUUACAGUUGAUGUGAAGACUAGGUAUCGACAGUUCUUCGAACGAUUAGACAUGCAUACGAGUCAGUCUCCCUGACCGAAAGAACGGAAUAUUUACUUAAUAUUCUAUAUAAGCACAAAUAAUUUGACAGUCGUAAACAAUUUUAAUUUAAUAUUAACGAGGAAUAUUCCAAGUCCCAUUUUCUCGAUCUAGGAAAUAUGACUUGUCACAUAGAUGCAUGUCAAAUAGUUCGAGAAUCUUUAGUAGCUGAACACGGAGUUUCUGGAGGAUGAAAGAAGUCUCAAUCAGUGAUCGGUUCUUGAUUCAUGUCAUCAGUUUUCUACUUAGUUUGUAGAAAACCUGUAAAAUACAUCGUUUAUGCCUCAGACGUAAUCUACACGACUCUAAAGGUUUUCUACAAACUAAGUAAACAAAGUAAAAAACUGAUGACAUAAGUCGAGAACCCAUUACUGGUUUCAAUUUAUUCCGAUUGAUAAAAGAUUUGCAUAAAAAUCCGCGGUUUCAUUAAUGGUAGUACGAACGUUGCUAGAAACAAGGACGAGCUCGAGCUCUCUUUCCGCCUUUUUGCAUACACCCCAUCUCCGCUUUGUAUUCCCCUCGCAUCUUCCAGUUUCUUCCCAAAGCUGCGUAUCCUUGAUCGAUGUGCCUCACGAGACAUUAAAAAUCGCGUCACUUUAAGGAAUAAACGAUCGUAUACGACCCCGACAUGAAUCGUCCGAUCGUGUACAACUUACAAAUAAGUACAAUUGUGCAUUUUUGCAAAGAUAUUACGAUUAUCUAUACUUAACUUCCUGAGUUAGCUUGAAACCGCCGACAAUAUUUCCAUCGACGUUAAUUCACACCGUUCUAUCAAA